AUGCAUGACUUCGAGCGCGUCAGCCGCAACAUCGUCCGCACCUUCUACGACCCUCCGCCGACCAACGACUCCAACGACCCCAUAUGGCUGCUCGGCCAGCGUUACGACCCCCGGCCGCCGCCGUCCAAGCCUACGCCCACUGAUUCCCCAGCUGCCGGGACGCCUGCACCCACGCCCUUGUCCGAACGCAACGAAGACGAAAGCUGGAUAAGAACCAGCAUCGAAGAGUCCGAACGCAAGGAAGCUCCAAAUGGCGAGGAUCCAGCACAAUACGGCAACUGGCCCUCUGCCUUCCUCGAUGACUUCGAGUCGCGCAUCUGGAUGACCUAUCGGUCUGGCUUCGCACCGAUCCAGAAGAGUCAGGACCCAAAGGCAACGAGCGCUAUGAGUUUCCGCGUGCGCAUGCAGAACCUCGCCUCGCCUGGAUUCACAUCGGAUACGGGUUUUGGCUGCAUGAUCAGGAGCGGGCAGUGCAUACUCGCCAACGCGCUGCAGAUGCUACGUCUGGGACGGGACUGGAGAUACCAAGAGAAGCCUGAUGUGCCUGAGCACCAUGAAAUACUCUCGCUCUUUGCCGACGAUCCGAAAGCGCCCUUCUCUAUCCACCGCUUCGUCGAGCACGGCGCUGCUGUGUGUGGAAAGUACCCUGGCGAGUGGUUCGGUCCCUCAGCCGCAGCACGGUGCAUACAGGAUCUAGUGCACAAGUACAAGGAAGCUGGACUGAGAGUAUACGUAUCCGGUGACGGCGCCGACGUGUAUGAAGAUAAGCUGAAGCAAAUCGCCGUGGACGACGACGGAGAAUGGCGACCUACGCUAAUCCUCGUCGGCACAAGGUUGGGCAUCGACAAGAUCACUCCAGUGUAUUGGGAGGCGCUGAAGGCGAGCCUGCAGAUGAAGCAAAGCAUUGGUAUUGCAGGUGGCCGCCCUUCAGCAUCACAUUACUUCGUAGCCACGCAGGCGAAUAACUUCUUCUACCUUGAUCCCCACAGCACGCGCCCACUCUUACCCUACCGCUCUCCUUCGUCAUCCACCCAAGACGAGGAAACAGCCGCUCCUUCCACACUAGAAGCUUCAGCAACGUCCACUUCGUCAUCAACAACCAUCGUCCCUUCAUCAAACUCAUCCUCUUACUCUGCCGAAGAACUCGCCUCCUGCCAUACGCGCCGCAUCCGCCGUCUACAGAUCCGCGAGAUGGACCCCUCGAUGCUUCUCGCUUUUCUCAUAACGUCACAAGAGGACUACGAUAACUGGAAAGAAGGCGUUCGCAGCGUGCAAGGCAAGAGCGUGGUGCACGUGCAGGACAAAGAGCCGGCGCCGCGAGGACAAGAAAGAGAGGGUGCUAUUGACGAAGUCGAGAGUUGGGACGAGGAUGGCUUGCAAUAG